AUCCACUGAACCUGUGGAUAUGAAUCACCUACGUAGAGGAAGCAGAAACACUUAGAGGAUAUGGUUGCUGUUUCAAUCCCUUCCUCCAGAAAUCAUAGAAAGUAAAAAUCCUUUCUUCUUCCUCCUCUCUCAUUUAUACCUCUCUCUCUUCUCUCUCUCUCACAGAGAAAGAGUAAAAAACAGAGUAAUAACAAUGGCUUCAACCUCUCUACGCUCUUCCUCACUCUUCUUCGGAUCCAACAUCAUAAUCUCCUCCCCCACUCCCAAAACCACAAAACCCUCCUUCCCCUUCUCCUUCCGACAAACAACUCGAUCCUCUCUCCACCUCGAUGACAACAACAACAAAAACCUCAUAAAGUCACUACCUUCACGCGCCGCCUUAGCAGCUCUCCUCUUCGCAUCCCCAAAGGCCUUAGCUUUAGACGAACCCAAAAUCCCCACCCAACCAAUCGUCAUCGAAGCUCAAUCCGUAAACCCCUCUCAAUCCCUCUCCCCCUUCUCUCAAAACCAAGUCAUAACCGCUCCAAACCCUAAAUCAUCCCAAUCCUCCGAUCUCCCCGACGGAUCUCAAUGGAGAUACAGCGAGUUCCUCAACGCCGUCAAAAAGGGCAAAGUCGAGAGAGUCAGAUUCAGCAAAGACGGCACCGUUCUCCAGCUCACCGCCGUCGAUAACCGCCGCGCCUCCGUCGUCGUCCCCAACGACCCCGAUCUCAUCGAUAUCUUGGCCAUGAACGGAGUCGACAUCUCCGUCUCCGAGGGAGAGUCCGGUAACGAUCUAUUCACAAUCAUCGGAAACUUGAUUUUCCCGAUCUUGGCGUUUGGUGGGCUUUUUUUGCUGUUCAGGAGAGCUGGAGGUGGGCCUGGUGGGCCUGGAGGGUUAGGUGGGCCGAUGGAUUUCGGACGGUCAAAGUCAAAGUUUCAGGAAGUGCCGGAGACUGGUGUUUCUUUUGCUGAUGUCGCUGGAGCCGACCAGGCGAAGCUUGAGUUGCAAGAAGUUGUUGACUUUUUGAAGAAUCCUGAUAAGUACACUGCCUUGGGAGCCAAGAUACCUAAAGGGUGUCUUCUUGUGGGGCCUCCUGGGACUGGGAAGACGCUUUUGGCUAGAGCUGUGGCUGGAGAGGCGGGAGUGCCGUUCUUUUCGUGUGCGGCGUCUGAGUUUGUGGAGCUUUUUGUUGGUGUGGGAGCUUCUAGGGUUAGGGAUUUGUUUGAGAAGGCGAAGGCUAAGGCGCCUUGUAUUGUUUUUAUUGAUGAGAUUGAUGCUGUGGGGAGGCAGAGAGGAGCUGGGAUGGGAGGAGGGAAUGAUGAGAGGGAGCAGACGAUUAAUCAGUUGUUGACUGAGAUGGAUGGGUUUAGUGGUAACUCUGGUGUGAUUGUUUUGGCUGCUACUAAUAGGCCUGAUGUUUUGGAUUCUGCUUUGUUGAGGCCUGGGAGGUUUGAUAGGCAGGUUACUGUUGAUAGGCCUGAUGUUGCUGGAAGGGUCAAGAUUCUUCAGGUUCAUUCUAGAGGGAAGGCGAUUGGUAAAGAUGUGGAUUUUGAUAAGGUUGCAAGGAGGACUCCAGGUUUCACUGGUGCUGACUUACAGAACCUGAUGAAUGAAGCGGCGAUUCUUGCGGCGAGGCGUGAGCUUAAGGAGAUAAGUAAGGAUGAGAUCUCUGAUGCUCUUGAGAGGAUUAUUGCUGGUCCUGAGAAGAAGAAUGCUGUUGUCUCUGAUGAGAAGAAGAGACUUGUUGCUUACCAUGAGGCUGGUCAUGCUCUAGUCGGUGCUCUUAUGCCAGAGUAUGAUCCUGUUGCCAAGAUCUCCAUCAUUCCUCGUGGCCAAGCUGGUGGACUUACCUUCUUUGCUCCCAGUGAAGAAAGACUCGAGUCUGGAUUGUACAGUAGAAGCUACCUCGAGAAUCAAAUGGCUGUUGCACUUGGAGGAAGAGUUGCAGAGGAGGUUAUCUUUGGAGAUGACAAUGUGACGACUGGAGCAUCAAAUGAUUUCAUGCAGGUAUCUCGUGUAGCACGUCAAAUGAUUGAGAGGUUCGGAUUCAGCAAGAAGAUUGGACAAGUAGCCGUUGGUGGCCCUGGUGGAAACCCCUUCAUGGGUCAACAAAUGUCUUCACAGAAAGACUACUCAAUGGCAACUGCUGAUAUAGUAGAUGCUGAGGUGAGAGAGCUGGUGGAGAAGGCGUACAAGAGAGCCACAGACAUCAUCACAACUCACAUUGAUAUCUUACACAAGCUUGCACAACUCCUGAUCGAGAAAGAAACUGUUGAUGGAGAAGAGUUCAUGAGUCUCUUUAUUGACGGCCAAGCUGAGUUGUAUGUUUCUUAAAUUCAUCAAAUUCCAAAGUUGACAUUGCUUUCAAAUACCAUUAGCUGUUAAUGUAUACUAGACCAUUACCCAUGCGUAUAUAUUUUCUUUUGUAAAAUACUCUGUUUCAGUUUGGGACUCCAUCCAUAUGAACCAUCAUACUUAGUAAAGC